AUGACGAUGGAGGGAGACAUUAGCAGAGGAUUCAUCAAUGUGGCAUCCAGAAAUCACACGGAUGCUCCAGAAUUCCUUCUCCUGGGAUUCACAGAUGAUUCAGAAUUGCAGCCCCUCAUCUUCUGCCUUUUCCUGUCCAUGUACUUGGUCACCAUCCUCAGAAAUCUCCUCAUCAUCCUGGCUGUCAUCUCUGACUCCCACCUCCACACUCCCAUGUAUUUCUUUCUCUCAAAUCUGUCCUUUACUGACAUCUGUAUAAGCACAACCACAAUCCCAAAGAUGCUGCUGAACAUACAAGCACAGAAUCAGGGAAUCACUUAUACAGGCUGCCUCACUCAGAUUGUUUUUGCCCUGGUUUUUGACAUAUUUAAGAAUUUUCUCCUUGCAGCAAUGGCCUAUGACCACUAUGUGGCCAUUUGUCACCCACUCAUGUACAUGGUCAUCAUGAACCCCAGAUUCUGUGUCCUGCUGAUUCUUCUCUCUCUGUCUCUUAGCAUUGUGGUUGCCUUGCUCCAUAGUUUGAGGGUGCUACGGCUGUCCUUCUGCAGGGACCUGGAAAUCCCUCACUUCUUCUGUGAACUUGCUCAUGUCCUUAAGGUUGCAUGUUCUCAUACCCUCAUCAAUAGCAUCCUGAUAUAUUUUACAACUUGCUUAUUUGGUGGUAUUCCUAUGUGUGGAAUCAUUUUCUCUUAUACUAAGAUAGUCUCUUCCAUUUUGAGACUGCCAUCAGCAGGGGGAAUGUAUAAAGCUUUUUCCCCCUGUGGAUCUCACCUCUCAGUUGUGUCCUUAUUCUAUGGGACAGGUUUGGGGGUGUACGUUAGCUCUGCUCUUACUAACUCUUCCAGAAACACUGCAGUGGCUUCAGUGAUGUACAUUGUUAUCCCUCAAAUGCCGAACCCUUUCAUCUAUAGCCUGAGGAAUAGGGACAUGAAGGGAGCCUUGAGAAAACUCAUCAGUAGAACACCUUCUCUUCUUUGA